CAGCCGACUGGCCAUCAGUCGUUCGGUGUUGAUUACCGUGUGCGGUACGUUGUCUACUCCAAACUCCCAAACAGUUGGCGAGCCGUGUUGGCUUUCGAAGCGCGAACACUUGUGACUCGAGGCGAAUUCAAAAUAAAAGUUUAAAAACAAAAAAUAAAGUACGGAAAGAAAGAAAUAAUUGCAAUUGGAAAUUGGAAAUUGCUGUUGCUUCCACAAGUCGUCAUCGGCGUCGUCGUCUUUGGUGGCAUUGAUAACAGUGCAAUAGAAAUCGCAGAAAUCCAUAAAUCUCCAGGCGUUAUCGCCGCAAUCGAACGUCAACUUCAACUUGCGGCCGUGUGGUUUUUGUUGCUGACGUCUUUGACGCGAUAAAUCAAUCAACAGCACAGCGCUCUACCUUCACUCACACACACACUCACACGCGUGGACACCUGAAGUGCAACGAUAUGGACUCUUAUUUAACAGAAAUCAAGCAAUUGCGGAUACCGCGCCCGAAAUUCGAACCCAACGGCAGUCCGCCGAACAACUGGCAUCGCCUGGUACGCCCGUACACGCCGCCGCGCGACUAUCACUUGCCAACCAAUGAGAUAAUCACCACCGCGAGCGCAUUGCAUCCCAAUCGCGGUUACCAAGGCGGAGCGGAGGAAUUCCGACCGACGUUGCACGAGAAAAUGUGAGUGCGCACACAUAAACCGGCAGCCGCCAACCGCUAACCGCUAGCAGUACUACAUCAACAACAACAACAAUAAUACAAUUAGCACAAUCUUGAUGCUUUCUAUUGGUGUAAUUAAUGAAAUCGAGCGCGGAGAAGACGGAGCAUGAGUGUCAAGAGACGGCGAAAAACAGAAAGAAAGAAGAAAUAUUGAAGUAAUUGUAGUUGCUGAAGGCGGCGGGGCGGCAUGUGCGACGGAUUGCAGAGUGCGAUUCAACGUGAUGGGGAUAAUGAGGAGAAUUAAUUUUACGCACGCUAUUAUUAAACUAUAUAUAUAUAUACUAAAUACAUACAUAUAUGUUGUAUUAGAAACGAUCUAGGACCUACAUAUGUAUGUCUUUAAUGUACUUUAAGAAGUUAUAUGAAUUUAAGCGUUUCACCAGCAGCUGGUGAACAUUAUAUUUUUUAUUUGUAUAUUUACGGUAAUUUGUGAAUAUUGACGCAAUAAAAUUGUUGAUUUUAUUUGAAAAAA